CGACGAUAAAUCGUUGGUGCAUCGCCGAUGCAUCGCCGAUGUAUCGGCGAUGCGGCGCGAUCCCCCGACCCCAUCGACUACGACCCCAUCCAGGAGGCUUCUAACGAUGGGGGGGGGCGGUUUUCCAGCCUCGGGAUGCUCUCCAGCAGCGGCGCCUCGCCGAGAGCGUUCCUGGGGUGCCCGCACCAUCCCGAUCGGCCGCUGGAGGCCCUAUUGAUGACCCGAAAACCGCCAGGCUCCAGGGGGAUGCAUCGGCCCCCCACCGCCGUUGAACGUUCGGAUCUGCUGUCGGGGGCCUAUCGCUGAUUUAUCGGCGAUGCAUCGCUGAUUCCAGGUCGAUGCUCCCCCUCCCCCUGAGCUGGUCCCAGACCCUCGAUGUCGUGGCUUUUUCGCAACGUCGACCCCCAGAGGUCUGGACCCUUUGCCGGGACCAGUUUUUCAUUCUGAGUCGUUUUCUGACGGUCCCGGGGCCCAGCGAGGGCCCUUGGAGGCCGAAAACAGCGAAAGUCUCCCGUCGUGUUUUUUUUUCACAGCCCGAAGGGGCCUGGGGUCACCCCAUGUAUAACGUUGCCCCUCAGGCCCCCGUGCUGUCCGUCGACCACCUCCACCGGCCAGUGCCGCAGGACGCGCGCCAGGUCUCCCCUCUGAGAUCCUGGCGUCCCAGUUUUUUGUUCGAGCCGGGCGCGUCCGCCCUGUUUCGGGCCCCAGGGCCCUCCCGGAUCGACCCGGCUCGAUAAUUAAGUGAGCGAUGAAGGGAAACAGGUUCGUCGUCACCGAUCACUUUGCGAACAAAAUGCGCGCACGGAAUCGAAAUAUGCUCGGGGAGUGGACGUCCGAGCGAUGGCAAGAGAAGGUGUUGGAGUGGGCCUCGGCCGCGUUCGCGGCUGCCAACGCGCUGUUCUUUGGGGGGCGGCUGGCCGCCUCUGGGGGCGUCCGCCUGGACCCCACGUGGCACAGGGUGCGCGGCGGCGCGGGCGGCAGCCACCCAGGCGAGCAGAUCAUCGUCCUGGACCCGUCGGUCCACACCUCGCUGCGCGCUCUGUGCGGCACCCUGCUGCACGAGAUGGUGCACCUGGAGGUCUCUCCCAGCGGGGGCGGCCCAGAGGAGCACGGCCGCGAGUUCGUGAGCAGGUGCCUGGACGUGAACGCGGCGGUGCACCGCGCGAACGAGGGCGGCCUCGGGCUGGGCUGCGCCUGCCGCCUCGGAGAGCUGGACCUCUCGCUGGACCGGGCGCUGCUGCGGGCCUGCGGGGCCCCCGCCGACUGCCUCGAGGACGAGGAUCCCCUAAGGAUCGACGACGAGGAGGCCGCCGGCCAGGCGGGCUCUCCGGCGGCGUGGGGCUCUGGGCUGCUGGUCGGCGACCUCAGGGCGGCAGGCCUCGAGGAUGGCGUCUGUGCCUCCGUUCUCUCGGGGGCUGCCGUGGCCACCUGCGAGCGCGCCCUGGGAACGCCUGGCGGCUUCGAGGCCUGGGACAUUUCGGAGCCGCACCCUGGCGCGCUUCUUCGCGAGCCGCCGCGGCGUCGACUACCACCUGUUCGAGGACAUCUCCGCGGUUUGGGGGCUCUGAGCCCCCGCAGGCCGGGCCCGGCCGCCACCCGCGCCAGGGCCGGCGGCGCGGGCGGGGCGCUUUCUCCUUUUUCCUCCUCCUCCUCCUCCUCCUCCUCUUCCGCCUUCUUCCGCCUCCUCUUCCGUUUGUCCGAGGGUUUCCUUGCGGCGCGGCAGGCCGUUCGCUGACCCUCCGACAGCAGCGGACCGUGCGCCCGUCGCGUCCCCCCCCUUCUGCGCGCGCGGUGGCGCGGGCGCGCGGAAAACCGCC